AUGAUCCAAAGUAAAAUAUCCCAGCAUUUAAUUCGACGUUUGAAGCCACUUUGCUAUACAAAAAAUUACUGCAAAGAUAAAAAGGAGUUCCCAAAUGUGCAAUCCACAACACCGCCUACAACAGAAGAAAAAAAAAACGCAAUCUUACCGAAUUAUCAAAACCCCUCCAAAACCGGAGAUAGUAGCAGAAAAAGAAAAACUGAACAAGAUGGCAAAACAGAAAAAGUAAAAGAAGCCUUACGCCGAGAAUUAAUACAAACAUUCACUACAAAACCACCUGAGACGGAUAAGAAAGGAAAAUCAGGUGAUAAUAAUGAACCACCAGAUCAAAUCACUUCUGGUUCCAAUCAACCACCUGGAGGCGAUCCAGCUACACUUAUCCCAAGAGUAACACGACUUGAACCAGAAAGAGUGUUCUUCUGCCUGAUCCCGUACACAUGGAUUAAAUUCUUCAAUGAAAAAACAGGUGUAACUGGUUUCUGGACGUUUAUGUUCACUUACGGUACUUACCUGCUAAGCAAAGAGAAACUCAUCAUGGAACACGAGUACUACGGCGGGUUGAGUAUGAUUGUAUUAUCCUAUCUAGCAGUAGUUUACGUCGGGCCCAGUAUCGCAGAAGGAUUAGACAAGGAAGUCGACGCAGUUGAAAACAGUUUCAAACAGGUUCGAAUCGACCAGCAGAAGAAUAUUGAAGAUGAUAUUCAACGAGAGAAGUGGUUACAGGUGUGCAUGGAGGAACAACAAGUUCUUGUCGAAGCAAAACGAGAAAAUGUUCAUCUUCAGCUAGAAGCAGAGUACCGAAGUAGACUAAUGACGGUUUAUCAGGAGGUGAAAAACAAGCUGGAUUUUCAGGUCGCGUACGAAGCGAUAGAGAGGAAGUAUGCGCAGGACCAAAUGGUUCGAUGGACGCUACAGAAGGUGCAUGAAAGCAUCACCGAUGAACUUGAUUCGCAGUACGUUGACAAGUGUUUGCUUGAAUUGGAUGAAUUAUCACAGAAACGUCAAGCGAUUUAAAACUAAAACUGUAAUUCUGAUAAAAGGAUCAAAAGAUGCGCAUCAUAUACUUAUAAAAUAUAUAAUAAUACCGGUCGUCUCUA